AUGGCUGAGGUUAUUCCAUGUCUUCUGAGAGUUGGUGACAGUGUAAAGAAAUAUAAAAUCUUUAAGCUUGAUAGAGAGAAGGUCACCAUCGGCAGAUCUCCAGAAGUUACUUAUGCAAUAUCCUCCAACAUGAUAUCCCGUUGUCAUGCUGUCAUCAAACGUCAGAUGGAUAAUACAUGGACUAUAGCAGAUAAUAAAAGCUUAAAUGGGACCUUUAUAAAUGGACAACAGAUAGAACCAUCAACUACACGCACACUUCAGGAAGGUGAUUUGGUGCAGUUUGGUGUUCCAGUUUCUCCGGAUGCUGCUGCAGAGUUUGUUUAUAAAUUUUAUUCUUCUUUAAAGGUUCGCAUGGAAAAGGCAGGCGGUAAAAAAUUAAAAUUGGAAUCUAACAUCGGUGUAAAUAAGGAGACUUUAGGUGCCAGUGAGUCUUUUGAAAUGGAUGACUGUGAAAUGAAAAGGAAAAAAGCUUGUAUCCAGGCAAGUGCUAAUUCUAGGCUGUCUGAUUCAAGAGAAGUGGACUCUUCAAACAACUCAGUACGUCAACUCAUGGAAGAAUCUCACAAAAGGCAGGUGGAAAAAGAAGCAGAGUAUCUUGCUCGUUUAGCAGAGAUGGAAAGACUUCUUAAAGAAAAAGAAGAACAUGAGAGACAGGAGGAAUUAGAACAAGAAAGGAAAGAGAAAGAACACCAGGCUAAAGAGGUUGAAGAGCUAAAACUGAUGGAGCAGGUCUUUUUACAAGAGAUGCGAGACAAGCAGGAAGAGUUAGAAAGAGAAAAAGAAGAAUUAAAAAUGAAAAUGCAAGCAGAACUUGAGGCCAGUGUUAAGGAACGAGAAACAACAUUGAUGGCCCAGUUAGUUGGCCAACGAGAACUACUGCUGUCUGAAAAAAAGCAGGUAGAGGAGAGUUUGCAGAAAGAAAUGGAAAAAGCACUAGAAGAGAAAAAUAAAGAACUUGAGCAGCAGCUACUAAAUCAAAAACAGAAACUUGAAAAGGUGCUUGAAAUGAAAGAUAUGGAGCAGAAACUUCUAGAAAAUCAGUUAAAUGAAACAAAACAAGAAAAUGUCACUGCCAAACUUCAGGUGCUAAAAGCUAGAGAAGACAUCUUGUCCAAUUUUGUUGAACUAAUGGAAAUGGAAUUACAAUGUGCCAUCUGCAACGAGCUAUUUAUUAAGGCAACAUCUUUAAACUGUGCCCACGUUUUUUGCAAGCUAUGUAUCGGCCAGUGGAUGAAAGUUAAAAAGGAGUGCCCAAACUGCCGCUGUCCUGUCACGUCCCAGUUGCAAGCUAUUGCUCUGGAUAGCUACAUAGAUAAAAUGGUAGAACAGCUCAAUGAUGAAAUGAAACAGAGAAGAGCGUCCUUUGUAGAACAGAGAAAAGCUGAGCAAGACAAAUUUGAUGCAGCAGAAGCUGGUCCUUCAAGCACAGUGGCUGCUGCAGCAACAACAACAAACACAGGCGGAGCUGGAGCUGCAAGGGGUACUGGAAAUAGAAGAGCCCGGGGGAGACCCAGAGGAAGGGGCAGAGGAAGAAACAGAGGAAGAGGAGCAGCAGCAUUUCCACAACAGGCAGCACCCACACCUCUCAUUGAGAUUAGUGAUGAAGGCAGUAGUUCACUCAGCGAUGCUUCUGCAGAUUAUGACCUUGAUGAUGUUGACCGUGAACCUUAUUAUGGUGGAUAUGGCAACUGCUACAUUUGUGGUUUGAGAGGCCAUUGGGCAAGUGGAUGCCCUGACCGUCGUUAA